CCGCUACUCGGGUUUGGGUCGAAAGAAUUCUUAACUCAACCAACAAACGACAGUUUACUGCAGGCAACGGAUCAUUACAACGUGUGACUUGAAUCAAUGAGCGCGCGUUUUUUCUAGAAGCUCGACCGCUCGAAGAUGUCGCACCAGAUCACCUCCCCGGUCCUACCUUUCAUGAGGAGACUCCCAAGUGAAAUGCAACCGGGAUGUCGAAUCAGGAUACGAGGAGCUAUGAGCAGGCCCAAUGGUGACUGUCGGAUUCAUCUGCAGAGCGGAGAUUGUUUCGAUCCGAUGGACGACGUUGCCUUGCAUUUGAAUCUCCUACCGGCCACAAGGGAAAUUCUGCGGAACAGUUACAUUUCUGGACAAUGGGGACAGGAGGAGCGUGCAGCUAACAGUCCGAUAAAUUUUGAAGAAGAUUUCGAUUUCGUAAUUGGAGCUGACUCAGGAGGAUACAACAUCGAAAUCAACGGACACCACUUUACCAGUUUCAACCAUCGACUUCCAGUGCAAACGGUACGAUUCGUAUUCAUAACGGGUGGAUGUGUAAUUCGAUCUGUGAUGUUCGAACAUUGGAAUACAGCCGUACCAUCAGCGAUCAGUGUUAAUCCUAGUGCCCCAGUUCUUAACCCAGUGCCUUCGUCGCCGCCGAUUCCGGUUCCAUUUCAAAUACCAUCGUGGCCGCACGGCAAUUUUCAACAUUUCGGUAUGCCACCUGCUCCAAUGUACCCUCAGUUACCGCACCCGGCCUUCAAUCCUGCGAUGCUUUUGCAACAUCCCUUGAUAAUGAAUUUUCCCAACGAAAUGCAGAAGAAUAUCGAAAAUGGAUCGAGCAUGCCGUACAAGAUAAUGAUAACUGUCUUAUGGAAAAUUAGCUGCAUACUCUUCAAGGUCCUGAAGUUCAUCCUAGUGGCAGUACUUGGCGGUGUUGGCAUGUACAUAUUGGCGAAAAGACUACGUCUGUGAUUGACGAAGGGAUAUCGAAUUUCGGUUUGGAUAGCAACUUUUCAAAGAAUCAAUUAUUCGUUACCAACGCAGAACACAUUUCGGUUUUCCUAGUAGGUAAUCCAAUGCUAUACUUUGUAAUUAAAAAGUAUGUACAGAUUCAUCUAGGUCUAUGUUCAAGUCUAGUAGUUAAUGA